AUGACUGAUUAUAAGGAAGAACAGGCGAUGGAAGUGGAAGCCCUGGAGUCAAUUUACAUGGACGACUUUACCAAGCUGUCCCAGGCGCCGUUGAUCUAUCAAGUGCAUGUGAUGCCCAACCAGGAUGGCGAGAAUAACUUUGUGUCAUUGUUGCUCAAGGCUGAGAUAUCAGAGACGUACCCGGAUGCGAUACCAAAGCUUGAGAUCGUCGUCAAGAAGGGCUUGGCGGACAGACAAGUUAAAGAGAUUAAGGAGUUGUUGGAUCAGCAGAUUGAAGAGAACAUGGGUAUGGCCAUGAUGUACACGCUUUCAGAGGCAGUGCGGGAUUAUUUAGUCGAAAACAACCGCGAGGGCAAUGACGGAUCGGAGCACCAGGAGAUGUUACGUCGGAUGGAACAAAAGAAGAAGACAGAGGAGAAGGUGGAGGCGACUAAACUUGAGCAGGCAAUUGUAGACGAAGAGAACAACCAGCGCGAAGUUCACGGCACACCCGUGACAGUUGAGACGUUCGCUAUUUGGAAGGAGAGGUUUAACGCUGAGAUGCAGAGCACGAAGAAAGUCUCACUAAAAGAUGAGGCUACUGCGAAGCUUACAGGUCGUCAAUUGUGGCAAACCGGUUUGGUCACCGAGGAAGAGGAGACCGAGGAAGCAGAAAAUGAGGUCGAGUGCGAGGAUGCUGCUGGUGAUGAUGACGGAGCACAGCAACUAGACCAUAACGGGACAUCUACAUAG